UCAGGUGACCAUGGACUUCCUUUGAAAUGUAAAACUCAGUCUGACAAACGAAAGUGAAAGCUACACAUACCCAGGAAAACAAAACCAGUGCAAGGCAACAUAGCUGGAGGACUACACAGUGGUAUCAGCAGCUUGACACUUCAGCCGGUUUAGAACAAUGUCUCUGAGUACCCAGUACUGGGAUUAUGUAAAUGAAGCCCCUCUAUUCAAUCGACGAGUUGAGGUGGGUUCAUUUUCCUGCGACUCAGACCAGAGAGUCAUCAAUGACAAGAGUCGGAUGAGAUACUAUGUGGAACCUCACCAAGCCCCGCAAUUUGAUCUGAAUGACGGCUACAAGGACCGCUAUGUGAAGAAAGAUGACAGUUUGGAGAAACGUAUGGACCACAUCCUCCAUUGGAUCUUAGCCAACAAGUCAAACCUCAAACAGAAGGUGUUGUCAUCCUCGUCUUCAUCAGCUUUGGAUUUUGACUUUGUGACGACCCGUGGCCGCUUGACACACUUGUUGACGACACCAUAUCAAAAAUAUUCAAUCUGGUCGCUGGCCGUCACCAAGUUCCGAGGAACGCUUUACAUCAAUGAAGUAGAAACAGAAGCUGCUCGCCAACGUAAAGCCCCUUGCAUUGGCAGACAUGAAGAGAACAUAUACUGGGGGUACAAGUUUGAGCAGUACAUGUGUUCAGAUACCAUUGACGGUUUACCGGAUACAAGUGGCGUGGUCAACGCUAUUGAGGCCUUCUACGUCGUGGUCCAAACCCGUCUCGCAGAUCACAGUCUCCUGUUCUCUGGUGAAGUGGAUUGCCGAGAUAAAGAUCCUAAUGCCCCGGAUCCUCCAGCCUGCUACAUUGAGCUGAAGACAACAAAAUGUCUCAAUGCUGAAUAUCUGCGUGACAAAUUCUACAGGUAUAAGCUCAACCAUUGGUGGGCACAGUCCUACCUUCUCGGAGUCUCUCGCAUCGUCACAGGCUUCCGUAAUGACGACGGAAUUGUUGAGUCUGUGAAGACUUUUGAAGUCAGCGAUAUUCCUAAGAUUGCUGAGCGUGAGGUCAAAUUCUGGAAGCCAAACGUCUGCAUGAACUUCUGCAGCAAAUUCCUGUCUUUUGUCAAGAAGGUGGCGACCGAAGACGAUCCCUGUGUGGUAUAUCUAUUCUCCAGGGAAAAGGACUCCAAUGUGACCUACUCUGUUCACAGGAACUCAUCCUAUUCUUUCCUGCCCGACUGGUACGUGAAGGAAAUGGAUUAAAAAUGCACACCAUCAGUACUAAUUUACGCUUAGCAAUAAAUAAUUACAACUAAUCUAAACAACAUGGCACUAUAAGCACAUUUUACUCAUCUAUACCAGUCUCUUAGCAUGUUCAAUGGAUUCAUGUGUGGUACAUCUAGGUCAGUGGUUCUUAACCUUGUUGGAGGUACCGAACCCCACCAGUUUCAUAUGCGCAUUCACCGAACCCUUCUUUAGUGAAUUUUUUUUUAUUUUUUUUAUUUUUUAAAUUCAAGACAAAGUUAUAUGUUUUUGGUAACACUUUAGUAUGGGGAACAUAUUCUAAGUAUCAAAGACAUAAAUUUAGAGUUAUUUGGACACUAGGGGAACAUAUUCUAAGUAACAAAGACUAAAUUUAGAGUUAUUUGGACACUAGGGGAACAUAUUCUAAGUAACAAAGACUAAAUUUAGAGUUAUUUGGACACUAGGGGAACAUAUUCUAAGUAACAAAAACAUAAAUUUAGAGUUAUUUGGACACUAGGGGAACAUAUUCUAAGUAACAAAGACUAAAUUUAGAGUUAUUUGGACACUAGGGGAACAUAUUCUAAGUAACAAAGACAUAAAUUUAGAGUUAUUUGGACACUAGGGGAACAUAUUCUAAGUAACAAAGACUAAAUUUAGAGUUAUUUGGACACUAGGGGAACAUAUUCUAAGUAACAAAGACAUAAAUUUAGAGUUAUUUGGACACUAGGGGAACAUAUUCUAAGUAACAAAGACAUAAAUUUAGAGUUAUUUGGACACUAGGGGAACAUAUUCUAAGUAACAAAGACAUAAAUUUAGAGUUAUUUGGACACUAGGGGAACAUAUUCUAAGUAACAAAGACAUAAAUUUAGAGUUAUUUGGACACUAGGGGAACAUAUUCUAAGUAACAAAGACUAAAUUUAGAGUUAUUUGGACACUAGGGGAACAUAUUCUAAGUAACAAAGACAUAAAUUUAGAGUUAUUUGGACACUAGGGGAACAUAUUCUAAGUAACAAAGACUAAAUUUAGAGUUAUUUGGACACUAGGGGAACAUAUUCUAAGUAACAAAGACUAAAUUUAGAGUUAUUUGGACACUAGGGGAACAUAUUCUAAGUAACAAAGACAUAAAUUUAGAGUUAUUUGGACACUAGGGGAACAUAUUCUAAGUAACAAAGACUAAAUUUAGAGUUAUUUGGACACUAGGGGAACAUAUUCUAAGUAACAAAGACAUAAAUUUAGAGUUAUUUGGACACUAGGGGAACAUAUUCUAAGUAACAAAGACUAAAUUUAGAGUUAUUUGGACACUAGGGGAACAUAUUCUAAGUAACAAAGACUAAAUUUAGAGUUAUUUGGACACUAGGGGAACAUAUUCUAAGUAACAAAGACUACAUUUAGAGUUAUUUGGACACUAGGGGAACAUAUUCUAAGUAACAAAGACUUAAUUUUGAGUUAUUUGGACACUAGGGGAACAUAUUCUUAGUAACAAAGACAUAAAUUUAGAGUUAUUUGGACACUAGGGGAACAUAUUCUAAGUAACAAAGACUAAAUUUAGAGUUAUUUGGACACUAGGGGAACAUAUUCUAAGUAACAAAGACUAAAUUUAGAGUUAUUUGGACACUAGGGGAACAUAUUCUAAGUAACAAAGACUAAAUUUAGAGUUAUUUGGACACUAGGGGAACAUAUUCUAAGUAACAAAGACAAAAUUUAAAGUUAUUUGGACACUAGGGGAACAUAUUCUAAGUAACAAAGACUAAAUUUAGAUUUAUUUGGACAAUCUGGGAAAAUAUUCUAAUUAACAAAGACUAAAUUUAGAGUUAUUUGGACACUAGGGGAACAUAUUCUAAGUAACAAAGACUCAUUUUAGAGUUAUUUGGACACUAGGGGAACAUAUUCUAAGUAACAAAGACUUAGAUUAGAGUUAUUUGGACACUAGGGGAACAUAUUCUAAGUAACAAAGACUCAAUUUAGAGUUAUUUGGACACUCAGGGAACAUAUUCUAAGUAACAAAGACUCAAUUUAGAGUUAUUUGGACCCUAGGGGAACAUAUUCUAAGUAACAAAGACAAAAUUUAAAGUUAUUUGGACACUAGGGGAACAUAUUCUAAGUAACAAAGACUAAAUUUAGAUUUAUUUGGACACCAGGGGAAAAUAUUCUAAUUAACAAAGACUAAAUUUAGAGUUAUUUGGACACUAGGGGAACAUAUUCUAAGUAACAAAGACUUAAUGUAGGGUCAUUUGGACCCUAGGGGAACAUUUUCUAAGCAACAAAGACUUAAUUUAGAGUUAUUUGGACACUAGGGGAACAUAUUCUAAGUAACAAAGACUUAAUGUAGAAUUAUUUGGACACUAGGGGAACAUAUUCUAAGUAGCAAAGACUACAUUUUGAGUUAUUUGGACACUAGUGGAACAUAUUCUAAGUAAUAAAGACUUAAUUUAGAGUUAUUUGGACACUAGGGGAACUUAUUCUAAAUAACAAAGACUAAAUUUAAAGUUAUUUGGACACUAGGGGAACAUAUUUUAAGUAACAAAUACUUAAUUUAGAGUUAUUUGGACACUCAGGGAACAUAUUCUAAGUAACAUAGACUUAAUUUAGAGUUAUUUGGACACUAGGGGAACAUAUUCUAAGUAACAAAGACUUAAUUUAGAGUUAUUUGGACACUAGGGGAACAUAUUCUAAGUAGCAAAGACUAAAUUUAGAGUUAUUUGGACACUGGGGGAACAUAUUCUAAGUAACAAAGACUUAAUUUAGAGUUAUUUGGACACUAGGGGAACAUAUUCUAAGUAACAAAGACUUAAUUUAGAGUUAUUUGGACACUAGAGGAACAUAUUCUAAGUAACAAAGACUUAAUGUAGAGUUAUUUGGACACUAGGGAACAUAUUCUAAGUAAUAAAGACUUAAUUUAGAGUUAUUUGGUUUGGGUUAGGGCCAGGGUUAGAGGGUUAGGGUUAUAAUAAGGCCAUGCCGAAUAAGGCCUUAAUAAGUACUUAAUAAUGACUAGUUAAGAGCCAAUAUGUUACUAAUUUGCAUGUUAAUAAGCAACUAAUUAAUGGUGAAUAUGUUCCCCAUACUAAAGUGUUACCAUGUUUUUUUACUGGUGCACAAAAUGACCCGUGCAUGAACAUCACCUUGUUCAAAGAACAACACCAACACAGUGCAUAAACUCACAACAAAUUACACACCUGCAAAUCAGUCAGCUGUUGCCGUAUCCGUAAUACGCCGAUAGGGAGAAGUUUGUAUUUACACGAUGAGUCGGGUGUGUUUUGACCUCCGCCGAACCCCUGAGGCCGACUCACCGAACCCGUAGGGUUCCAUCGAACCCAGGUUAAGAACCACUGAUCUAGGUGUUGAUUACGAUUGCUCUCUGCAAAAUUUUCAUUUUGUAUACCAGUUGGAACAUAAAAAA